AUGGCGGCCGCCCUCGCCCGCGGCCGCCAGCCAAUCGGCGUGCGGGAGGCGGCCCCCGCGUACUGCGGCCGAGUGGGCCGGUGUGGAAACAGGAGCGCGGCGCGCGAAGUCCCCACAGAUUUCGGCAAACGAGUGUACCAAGGAGUACGAGUGAAACACACAGUCAAAGAUCUGCUCGCCGAGAAGCGAUCCAGGCAGAGCAGUGGCUCCCACUGCAGUAAUGCUCGAGUGCAAAGGGCUCUGCUUUGUGCUCGCAAAGGUGCCUACAACUCUUCGGCUGCUGUAUGGUUUCCUCGUAGCCAUCCCUUUUUUCCCACGAUUGCCACAGGCUCACCCACCGCAACUGCUUACUACGGCGUCAGGAGGUCCUUCAUGGCUGAGCUGGAUUUCCACAACACAAAGCAGUUUGCCAGUGACGUCUGCUCACCCCCUCCAGGAUCCAAGCCGCUCCCGUGCGAUUCCUCUGCCGUCCAGGGCUACUCAGCGCUCCUGGAUCCGUACCUCCCUGAGCAAUACGGGGAUCACUCCCGUACUGCUCCCUUUACAUCCAGUACCAGCUCCUUCUUCAGUCCUUCUUCGUUGCCCUCUCUCCUGCCGUCCUUCCCUAAUGACACGGCGCAUAUCCUACUAAGAGAGCCCUGGGAACAGACCUCUCCUGACAGCUUGGGCCAGCCUGAAGGCCCGUGCUCAGACUCCCUGCAAGCGAUGCCUGCCAGCGCCGGCUGCCUUUCCUCCCACGAGACGGGCAGCACUUCCCCAUACAGGAGCUCAGGCUGGGUCCCGGCCGUGCCUGGAGCCCAGCCGUACCUGCUGCAUCCCCUGGAAGAGGUGCACUACUCCUCCAGCUACGCCGCCACCGCGCCCUACUCAUUCUCACCGCUCAUGACUGUGGCAAAUGAGCUCACUGCCAGGAUGAACCAUCUCUCCCCCGAGCCGUCCUCAGAUGCGCAGGCUCUCCACGACUCCACGUCCUGGGCGAAGGAGGAUGGAGGUCCCCUCUGGGGCACAUAUGAUGGCCGGAGAACUUACUGA